AUGCUAAAGUUGCAACGAAAGGUAAUGUCAAACGGUGGAUCACCGACGCAGAAACGAAUGAGAAACAUAUCUAGAGAUUCAUCGACAGAAGAAUCGUCAUCCUUCAGUUUCAGCAGAGACGAUAAUGAUUUUGCAGACUUUGUGAACAACUCACCGCAACAUCAUGUUGUUCAAGAGCCUGCGGAUUCAAUUUUCACGGAUGAUCAAGUUGUGAUGCCAAGAGACGCUCUCCACACCAGUGUUGGUGGUUUGGGAAGAUUCAGCAUGGCCUCGGGUCUUUCCAAAAAGAAGAAAACGAAGAAAAAUAAAAAAGAGUCUCAGGAAAUGGGAAAGGGGAUAUCAAAACCAAGGAAAUCUUUCAUAAAGGCUACAUCAGGCAAAACGAAAAAAAAACAGCCUGUUGAGGAUUCACGAGAAUCUCCAUUUUGGAGUCUAAUGGAAACACGGCAACAGCUAGUGUCCACCGAUACCGGUGGUAUCAUGCCAAAUUCACAGACAGGCAAUUCUGAGGAUUCAGAUGGCUUUGGAGAAGUCAUCAUCGGAGACGGCCAGUCCUUUGUCUCCAGUGAUGGUUUUAAGCUGCCCUCGAAAGCUAGUAUGGAGGCGGAAGACAGAGGUUUGACAUCACCUUCAGAUGGGCGGAGAAGGAAACCACGAACCAAAGUCAGCACAGCCACUGGGACCAUAUUAUUGACACCCUCGAAAGCCAGCCUGGAAAGAACUGAAAGUAUCAAGAGCAAGAAAAGCUGUAAGAAGAAGCGUCGCCCAAAGAAAUCGAAUGAUUUGCAAUCUCCCACCGAAAAGGGGCUGGAUAGUUCCCAAAGGGAGAAUUCUUCGGAUGAGUUUAGUCAAUCCAUGUCUUCGCCGUCUCAACAAUCAAAGAGCAGCCGAAAGGCAAAGAGCAAAAAUACUGCAUCGUCAAAGAGCAGUAGAAAGUCCAAAUCGGUAUCACCGAAGCCUGCUGCGAGGACUAUCACUUCUUUGUCGCCGGCCAUCGAAGGGAAACCAUCAUCUUUCAGUGGUCUGCACCAGAAUUCGUUUGAAGAUGGUGAAGAAGCAGAGAACAACAAGUCCAAAAUGAAACAGCCUUCAAAGGCAAGCCUUGAGAGCAUGUUGGAACGAGUGAGCAUCAGAAAGAGGACUCGGAAGAGUUCCGCCUCCUCCGUUGGUUCUGUUAGAAGGGCGGGCAAGCGACCACAGGCAGAAGGAGUCUCCUCCGGUGAUUCUGUUGUAUCCCUUGACACGGGAACGAACAAGUCAAAUCAAAUUCAGCCGACGAGACACGACAGUUUGAGCGGCGAAAACAGUGCAGCAUUGUCGUUUGGAUCCAGGAAGCAUCAUAGUCGACCAACCCCCAAAGCACUACCAAGGCGAGUUGUUUCGUAUCAGUCCAACCCAGGGGGACCAGUCAACCAAUCGCCUGCAUCUGCUGAGGGUGGAUCAACGCAGCGUUCAAAGGCAAGCCUACAGCAAAUGCUCGAAAAACGAGCCGGUGUAAAGAGUCGAACGAGUUCAGCAUCAUCGGUUGGUUCCAGAAGAAAGGAACAAUCCAACCCUGCAUCCAAUCCCUCUAAUCCGAAUCUCACCAGUCCGAAGUCUAUUUUGAAAGUGAAACGCCGAAAUAGUUUUGGAAAUGAAACUCCAGAACACACAGAGCCUCGUUUCAUUCAUGAACGACGAGCAUCAUUCUCCUCUGGAAACUCGAAGCAUCCUUCGGCCCAUAUGCUGGCUUCCCCCGCGAGGAAUUCCAAUGAAGAAAGAACCCCUGCUUCCCAACAGCGAACGCGACGAGGAUUGAAGUGUUCGUCCCUGCACAUAAAAAAGAGCAAGGCCUCCUCCCCAACGAAAGGAAGGAAGCCACGAAGCAGAUCCCUUUCCCCACGGGCAAAAGGAAAGCAAUCAUCCAUAGCCAAGGUAGACUUGGCCUAUGAUCCAUGGGACAAUAUUGAUGAAGCCUUUAUGCCCAUUACAUCUGCCAAACACGAAGAACACGCGAAAACGAAGGCGGCCAUGGAAGAAACGCAACGACCAGUGCUACCAGGAAAGAAAGAAAAAGCGCAAACAACGCCCGAUGACAUGUGGGCAUCACUGGCUUUUGUGGAUACCAGCAACGAUCGUACCUCAUCCCCAAAGCAACGUCAACAAGAACAACGCCAACAACAAUUAAAAGCUACAGAAGCCCUCGAUGCCUGGUGGAACGUGGAUGAAGACGACGAUCAGUCCCUUGCCAAAGCCACAAGGAAGAAAAAGCUCGCUCAAAAGAGCAUGUUGUUGGUGUCAGCCAGCAAGAUACCACCAAGUAUGAAGAGUGACUCGUCUGGUUCGCCAGUACUCAAAUCGCCACCCACAACAACAGCUCCCAAAACGUCUAUGCAUACUUCCAUGCCAAUACCAUCUUUGGACAAUGUGCCAUCAACAUUGCAAAGCCCAUCCUCAAAACAACAACGGCAAUCGGAGCCAACACUGCCAGCUUCCCCGGCUCAUAAGAAUAGUAGUAGUUCACCACCAACAACCAAGCAACGGCAGUCUGAACCGAAACGUGUGGUGGAAGUUGUCAAUGCCUGGUGGGCCGAGGAUGCUGAAAAGGACAAGGAAUCCGUCGCCAAAGAGACCAAGAAGAAGCAACUCGCACGAAAGAGUGUGCUGAUUUUUGGCUCUAGCAGCAUGAACGGGAGCAAGUCGUUUGACUAUUCGGACGACGCGGAAUAA